GUUCUAGGGCUGAUUACAUGAGUACUGGGUACUUGUAUUCGUUUACUCACAUGCAACUCUACAUUUAUUAAUGCGGAACGGAACAGCUGACUUUGACAACCACCCCAAAAAAAGGGUUAAAGAACAAUAAACCCCAUCUGGCUGAAAAUAAGCUUUUCUUCUCAAAGGAAAAUUUUAAAUUGGAGUUAAAAUAGAAAAUUUGAUAUAUUCAAGUAUUUGAGUUAUGUAGAUAAGAUAUAUAACAUACUCGGGAUCCACUUCUCAGCACAGGUAUGAGGUCAAGCGUUAAGCCAAUUUAGGUGAAUCUGUGUACUUGUUCGACCGUGAACCACACACAAUUAUCUUCGAGAAUUAAGUACUUUCAUUGAAAAAAUUAGAAGAAAUCAUAUAUAAGUAAAUUUCUUAGUACAAUGUACUCCUCUGGUGCGCUGAAUUGUGUGCGUUUUUAUCGCAUAUUAGCGGUACUCAUAAUUUUUAGUUAUCCAGUCACUGCAAUUAUUACAACAACUCAAACCGCAUUGCAACCGAGCAGCGAUAAUGCUGUAAAGGGCGAAGUAACAUCAACAAAAAUUAACGAUAUGCCAGUGAGUACACGUAAUGCUGACGCAGUGCUUGCUAUGUGUCCCACCAUGCUGAACUAUGUUUUCGACAAUGCGACACCACGCGAUGAAGCAAAUGCUGGCACUUUCGAAGAGUAUACAUCAUUGGACACUGGUCUGGGCGAAAAUGUUGAUUCACUGUCCUGUUUGGCUGCCUGUUGUAAAAAGGCGCGUACCAAUGAUACCUGUAAUUUGGUUUUCAUCUACAAGCGGAAAUGUUACCAUGUACGCUGCAUCAGCAAUGAGGGCUGCAUGCCCAAACAACGGCCGCUGGGAAAGGAUCGUCUGCAAAUGAUGCUGGUUAGUCCGGUUCGAAGGCAUGGUAUUGAUGAUGACAACAUAACUUGGAUGGAAGUGAUUAAGGCAAUGAAGAGCAAUGGUGAUGAUUUUGAGUUGAUGCCUUCAGAAGGUAUAAGCGGGGCUGAGCGACAGUCGAAUCCUUUGAGGUUUUGGAAUAAACAACAUAAAUUUCGAUACUUUGGAAAUCAACCGAAAAAACGUGUAAAGCAGAUGCUGUUGCCCCUGUCAGGGAACAGCGACGACUUGUCUUACUUUGGUGUAAAUUCUGCGCCUGAAAUAAAUAAGUACGUUACAUGCGAACUAGAUUUAUCUGAUAUGGGCGCAAAUACACGUUGCGGGCCUAAAGAAGAAUGUGUUCCUAUACGGUCGAAUUCAGCAACUGGUGUUUGCCAGUGUCUUGCUGGGCUUGUGCGUAAUCAACAGCAUGAAUGUAUGCCAUCCGAAACAUCGGCGGCUGAUUAUCCUAUAAUGGAAGAAAUACUUUCACACCGACUCCCAAUAUCUGAAGCUGCAUCAGAGUUGUCACCAACGGUUGUUGAGCAGAACAACGAUUCGGACGCAGAACAUGUUACCGGUACCACAGUUAAAGCAGAGGCUGAUAAAAAAUUGUUAGUUUCAGUAGUAUCGAAGGAGGUGCAAUUGCCGGAGAAGGAGGUGACACUAGCAGCAUUCACUGUGCCCGAUGAUGUUUCCAGUGUUAGUAAAUAUAAGUACUUGUGGACGCUAAUAACCCAACCUAAAGGACCAAUGAAUGGCACCAUUUCUGAUCAGAGUCAAUCAAAAGUUAAACUCUCAAAUCUUUCAGAAGGCUUGUAUAUCUUCAAGGUAUCGGUGACCGGUGACAAUGGCACAUAUGGAGAAGCUUUAGCCAAUGUAACAGUGCUGCCGGAAAAACGCAUAAAUCGUGUACCGCAAGUAGUAAUUAAGCCGAAGGAACAAACCAUACGACAACCAAUCAAUAAUGCCAUAUUAGAUGGGAGCACAAGCAUCGAUGACGACAAAAUUAUUAGCUGGCACUGGGAAGUGGUACAAGGUCCCAUUGGUUAUCAACCUAAAUUGCCAGAGGUGAAUACACUGCAGCUAACCGAUCUUACCUCGCCUGGAAAUUACACUUUUAAAUUAACCGUAUCCGAUUCCGAUAAUGUGACGAAUUCGACAACGGCAAAUAUAACGGUGCUUAAAGGCACUGACUACCCACCUGUGGCCAAUGCGGGUGAUGCUGUAAUUUUACACCUACCCAACAAUAAUGUUACACUGAAUGGCACCGCGAGCACCGACGACCACGAAAUCGUGGCCUGGGAGUGGACCAAAGAUGCAGGCGAUGACACUAAAGCUGUUGAUAUGCAGAACACGCGCACACCUUACUUACAGCUUUCUAAUUUAGAGGAAGGCAUCUAUAUGUUCGUUUUAAAAGUGACCGAUGGCAGUGGUCAAUCCAGCACUGCCAAAGUCCAUGUAUUGGUUAAAGCGCAAACGAACACCCCACCGGUUGCUGUGGCGGGUGGAAAUCAGACCAUAAAUUUACCCCGCAACUGGGUUAUACUAAAUGGUUCGGCCUCAACCGAUGAUAUACGCAUAAAAAGUUACUUUUGGAAACAGAACUCUGGACCAAAUACAGCCGCGCUUGCGAAUAACACUGCGGUGGCCACCAACGCUACAUCUUUAACACUCGGCUUGUAUGAAUUUGUUUUAAGCGUGGUCGACGAAGAUAACAAUACAGCUACCGAUAGUGUUUGGAUAAAGGUUGUGCAAGAAAAAAAUGCACCGCCUGUAGCCAACGCGGGUGGUGACAAAAGUGUUACAUUACCGCUUUCAGCGCUCUACUUGAAUGGCUCUUCUUCUUCGGAUGACUUGGCUGUGGAGCGUUAUGUAUGGACACGUGAAGAAAAUAGCUUGGCAGCCGGUGUUGUCGUCGGCGAUAGUGAUAAAAAGGCAGUAUUGAUUCUAACGAACCUUGUUCAUGGUCGCUAUGUCUUCAAAUUGACUGUUUACGACGAACAAGGAUUAUCCAGCAGCGAUAUAGUCAGUAUUAUAGUGCAUCCUGACCCGCUGCUCAUGAACUUGGUUCAAUUAACAUUGCCUAUGGAUGCAUCUGUGCUGACUCAAUCUGAGUUGAAUUCGAUUGUGCAAAAAAUUAGCUUACUUUUGGGUGACAUGAAAAUAUUUGUACGCGAGCUUAAAUGCGAUGGACGACGCGCAGAUUCAACGAUUCUAGUUUUCUAUGUAGAGUCCACCGGUUCGGAUGGGAAAAGUCUACCUGUUAGUGGUUUGACGGUUGAGCAACUACUCAAAGAUAAGUUGCAGCGCGAUGCGGGUCUACUGGGCACCGAUUUUACAGAUAUACGCACAACUGUGUGUCAGAAUAAAUGCUCAGGUCAUGGUGUUUGUAAUCCCACAACCCGCGCAUGCACUUGCGAGGCAUUCUGGAUACCAUCUAUAACAUACUACUGGGGCAUAGAGGAGGCCAAUUGUGAUUGGUCCAUUUUAUAUGUCUUUGUUGGAGUAAUUAUGAGCUUUCUACUGCUAUCCGGCUUAUUUUGGGGCAUCACGUGUGCCUGCAGACAAUCGAAAAAACCACCGAAACGACCAAAGUUACAAAAAUAUUCAUUAAUUGGCAAUAAUGACGAGGAGGCACCACAAUUUUGUCGCACAACAUCGCUGAGCGAUUCUGAGACGGAUUCCGAUGUGCUCUUCGAAACACGCACAAAACCAAAUGGUAUUCUACGUUCUAGCAACGCAGCAAAACAUAGUAAACAUCAUGGCCAUGCACCAAAUAAAUAUGCCAUAACUAAAUUAGGUCGGAAAGUAAAGACGUAAAUGAGUGUGAUAAUUGUUCCUUCAGCUGUGUACUUUCUUUGUUCCUUUGUUUCUGUAUGGAUAUAAGGGUCUGCAUACACAAAUAAGCUAAGAUACAUUUUAUUUUUUAAGCUAAAACUGUGUUAGACAAAUGCACUACAAUGCAGGCAUCUUAAAGGUCUUUAAUAUUAUUGUGAAAUUCUAUUUAAGAUGCAUAUUAUUCUAUAUUUUUAUUCAUACAUGCAUACAUAUUAGGGAUGUUUCGAAUGUCAUAUUUUUCAUAUUCGCGAAUGCGAAUGCGAAUAUUCG